AUGGGCCAGGGAAACGUCAUGACAGACUACACAUCCCACAAUGCCACGGGGUUGCUGUCUCCGAGAGUCUCCGUGGCAACCAGGACCCUCGCUGUGCUGGUGUGCGUGCUGCUGGUCGCCUGGAGUCACAGUGAAAAGAAGAGGAAGUCAUCUGUGCCAGGUCCCUUGUUCCUCCUGGGUUUGGGGCCGUUCCUGACAUACCUCAGAUUCAUUUGGACCGGUAUCGGCACGGCCAGUAACUACUACAACCUAAAGUAUGGAGACAUGGUGCGAGUCUGGAUUAAUGGAGAGGAGACCCUGGUCCUGAGCAGAUCGUCCGCUGUUCGUCACGUUCUUCGGAGUUCAAACUACACGUCUCGUUUUGGGAGCCGACUCGGGCUGAGCUGCCUCGGGAUGCACGAGAGAGGAAUUAUUUUUAACAACAACGUGGAUCUCUGGAAGAAGAUACGGGGUUAUUUCAGCAAAGCCCUGACCGGCCCUGGUGUGCAGCACACGGUGGACAUCUGUGUCUCGUCCACUCAGACUCACCUGGAUGAGCUAAAAGUCGUGACCUCUGACCCUCAGGCUCCGCUGGGGCAAGUGGACAUCAUGUGUCUGCUGCGCGGGAUUGUGGUCGACAUCUCCAACAGACUGUUCCUGGAUGUACCUGUCAAUGAGAAGGAGCUGCUACAGAAAAUCCACAAGUAUUUCGAGACGUGGCAGACAGUGCUGAUCAAACCCGACAUUUACUUCAGACUGGACUGGAUCCACAAGAAGCACAAGUCUGCAGCUCAGGAGCUGCAGGACGCCAUCGAGGAGCUGGUCCAACUGAAGCGCCGAGCCAUGGAGCAGGCGGAUAAACUGGACCAUAUCAACUUCACUGCAGACCUCAUCUUUGCACAGAACCACGGGGAGCUGUCUGCUGAUAAUGUGAGACAGUGUGUUUUGGAGAUGGUCAUUGCGGCUCCAGACACUCUCUCCAUCAGCCUGUUCUUUAUGCUGCUGCUUCUCAAACAGCACCCCCUAGUGGAGCUGCGGCUGCUGCAGGAAGUAGAUACUGUCAUAGGUGAGAGGCAGCUGCAGAACUCAGACCUGCCCAAGAUGCAGGUGAUGGAGAGCUUCAUAAACGAGUGCCUGAGAUAUCACCCCGUUGUGGACUUCUCCAUGAGGCGGGCGCUGGCUGAUGAUGUCAUUGACGGCUACAACGUGCCGAAAGGGACAAACAUCAUCGUGAACACGGGACGCAUGCACCGGACAGAGUUCUUUAAACACCCCCAUGAAUUUAACCUGGACAACUUUGAGAAAAAUACCCCUCGCCGAUACUUCCAACCCUUCGGCUCGGGACCGCGCUCCUGUGUGGGGAAACACGUUGCCAUGGUGAUGAUGAAGUCGGUCCUGGUGACGCUCCUGUCGCAGUACUCUAUCUGUCCACACGAGGGGCUCACUCUGGACCUCCUGCCCCAGACUAACGACCUGUCCCAGCAGCCCGUGGAGCAGGUCCCCCUAACCGUGAGCUUCUUGCCCCGAAACAGAGCCGUAACUCAGGCAACCUGA